AUGAAUGAGUCACACAUGCUGUGUUCCUCCUUCACCCACCCAUCCCCUGAAACUACCUACUACCUUUGCGCCAGGCUCCCCGCCGCCCGGGAAGGGUGCGGGUGCAGAAGGCUCUGCUCGCUCUCCCUUCCAGAGGGGGCCGUUGCCUGCCUGGGCGCCACCGUGUCCCUCUCUGAGACGGUGCAGAAAUGGCGAGAGUACCGUCGCCAGUGCCAGCGCUUCUUGACGGAGGCUCCACCUCCGGCCACAGGCCUCUUCUGCAACCGCACCUUUGAUGACUAUGCUUGCUGGCCAGACGGGCCCCCGGGUUCCUUUGUGAAUGUCAGCUGCCCCUGGUACCUGCCUUGGGCCAGCAGUGUGCCGCAGGGCCACGUGUACCGGUUCUGCACAGCGGAGGGCCUCUGGCUGCACAAGGACAACUCCAGCCAGCCAUGGAGGGACCUGUCGGAGUGCGAGGAGUCCAAGCGAGGGGAGAAAGGCUCCCCGGAGGAGCAGCUCCUGUCCCUUUACAUCAUCUACACGGUGGGCUAUGCGCUCUCCUUCUCCGCCCUGGUCAUCGCCUCCGCCAUCCUCCUCAGCUUCAGACACCUGCACUGCACCCGGAACUACAUCCACCUGAACCUGUUUGCAUCCUUCAUCCUGCGAGCGCUGUCCGUCUUCAUCAAGGACGCGGCCCUCAAGUGGAUGUACAGCACAGCCGCCCAGCAGCACCAGUGGGACGGGCUCCUCUCCUACCAGGACUCCCUGGGCUGCCGCCUGGUGUUCCUGCUCAUGCAGUACUGCGUGGCCGCCAACUACUACUGGCUGCUGGUGGAGGGCGUCUACCUGUACACUCUGCUGGCCUUCUCCGUCUUCUCGGAGCAGCGCAUCUUCAGGGUCUACCUGAGCGUAGGCUGGGGUGUUCCCCUGCUGUUUGUCAUCCCCUGGGGCAUCGUCAAGUACCUCUAUGAAGAUGAGGGCUGCUGGACCAGGAACUCCAACAUGAACUACUGGCUCAUUAUCCGACUGCCCAUUCUUUUUGCCAUUGGGGUCAACUUCUUCAUCUUUGUCCGGGUCAUCUGCAUCGUGGUGUCCAAACUGAAGGCCAAUCUCAUGUGCAAGACAGACAUCAAAUGCAGACUUGCCAAGUCCACACUGACGCUCAUCCCCCUGCUGGGGACCCACGAGGUCAUCUUUGCCUUCGUGAUGGACGAACAUGCCCGGGGAACCCUGCGCUUCAUCAAGCUGUUCACAGAGCUGUCCUUCACCUCUUUCCAGGGGCUGAUGGUGGCCAUCUUAUACUGCUUUGUCAACAGCGAGGUCCAGAUGGAGUUUCGGAAGAGCUGGGAGCGCUGGCGGCUCGAGCAUUUGCACAUCCAGAGGGACAGCAGCAUGAAGCCCCUCAAGUGUCCCACCAGCAGCCUGAGCAGCGGGGCCACGGUGGGCAGCAGUGUGUAUGCAGCCACCUGCCAGGCCUCCUGCAGCUGAGACCCCGCACCGCCCCUCCUGGGGUCCACGCUGCCCGCUGGAUCAUUACAGGCAUGGCUUUGAUGGCCUCAGGCACCUCCCACCGAACACCACAUUCAUGGAACUCUGGAAGACUCAGGACAGGAAAGAUGUGGAGGAUCCCUCCUGGCGGGGUCUCUAGAAGUGAGGAGUGAGGCUUGUGGAGGUGACUUGUCUCAGGCCACAGCACCAGCUGCUUAGCCCAGUGAGGCCUCUGAGAAGAAAGAACGGGUGCCGAAUACAAAUGGCUUUUCAACAUCUACUAAGUAAAAGCAGUGUUAUCUGGAAUUUCUGCCGAGGAGGGAACAGCAGCCAAGGUAGAACAGGUCAGACAGUGACAGUGUCAUCCCCUCCAGGACUCACACUGGUGAGAGGAGGGGAAGGGUGUGCUUGGAGGAUUCUGCGCCUUACCUCAUUCACCCUUGUCCUACAAUGAAGGAAUGCAUGGAGAUAGCAUGUGAGCUCUUUGAAUAGCAAGUCCAGCACCCUUCGUGUGCUGGCUUCUUUUUUUCCUGAUGCAUCUGUAUUUGUUUGAAAAGUUGUAUUUAUGGUCACACUGAAUGUACUAAAAAUUAGCCUAAAAGAAGGGCUCGACCCCCCACUUUGCCUCCAUAGUACCCCCCUGAUUUCAGAAAAGACCAGCAAACGGGGCAAUUGUAGCCUAGCAAAGAUGGCACAAUGCCACCAAGGGCAGAGUCAGUUCCCCUCCGUGCCCUGAAAGCUUGGUUGCUGUCAUGAGUGCUGGCCGUGUUUCAGCAGCUCACAGUAGGAGACCUCCCCUCCCUUCUCACCCCCCUGUCUCUUUCUUCCACCAGGAAAGAGCAUUGUGUGUGUGUGUGUGUGUGUGUGUGUGUGUGUGUGUGUGUGUGUGUUCUGUGCACAGCAGCAUGAAGUUAGGAGAUGACGAAUCCAGAAUCAUUGUGCCCACUGUGAAGGUCAGGGGGCUGCAGAGCCCAGGGCAGGGAUGGCUGGGAGUCUAAGUGGCAGAUGCUUCCUCUCCAUGCGCAGACAGGGCUCCCAUUAUUGCUAAUGCCUGCGACGUGCUCAGGGAAGGUAAAAUAUAUUCCAAAGGUUUAUUUUCCCUCUGCUGAAUUGAUUCUAAUCUACAGUACUGACCCCGCUUUUGGAUCUUAGGAGGGAAACUAUAAAAAACAUCAUCAAAUAAAAUACGUAGGCUUACUCUGCUAAGACAGUUAUAUGAAUGGCAUGCUUAAAUUUUCAACAGAAUCCAAAUUAGUAACAACUUUUUAAAAAAAUUCCUUUUUGUGGCUGGAGUGAAUUCCCUUGGGACAGAAAAUGGCCCGAUGUGGGAAACUUCUGCAGACAUCCCCAUGUCCCUCCACUGCUACCUACUAGUCUAAACCCGCUCUCUGCUCCUGCAAGCAAUGUUAAGCAGUACAAUUUCAAACACCACUUUAUUUAAUGCCACAGUGGGUCUACAACAGUAUCUGUGAUGGCUUUUGCUCUGUCAAUGGAUACAGAUUGGCAGGAAGCAGACAAACAUAAUUGUUUUCCAAUAACUUUUCCGACUCUCUUGUGCUUGGCUUCUCUCUGAAUUGCUUAGAGGGCAGAGAUCUCUCUCCUUCUCUUUGGCCAUGUUAGCUACUGUUUGGGGAACCUUAUCUAGCAGUGGCUGUGUUUUCCCCCAAUGCAUCCAACCUUGCUCACUGCACUCCUCCCCCACCCUCUGCUGCCUCAGGAAGAGAUGACCCUGCUGGUCACACUGCCAAUGCCAUUCUCUGAGCCGUGACCAAUUUAAGGGUGCAGCUGAGAGCGAGGCACUGCCAGGGCUCAGAAUUACACGGCACAUUGUAUGCUCUGGGACCAGGAGGAGCACUGCAGCCAGUGGCCCGGAUCCUGACUUACACCAAGGAGAUGCAGCCUUCCCCGGGGCCUGUCAGACCAUCAGUAAUUAGUCAACAUGGACGAUCUUGCAUGACUAUUAUUGUGUCAGAGCAAUCCAGGCAAAGAAAACAUGGACAAAUGAGAAUUGUGUGAGAAAAGAAACCCCACCAUAGAUCAGAACCGAAUAACAAUUUCUGAUCUUGGUUUCUUUGCCUGGGAGCCGCUGGAGCCGUUGAGGAAAAGGCCCGCUUUGCCUUAGAUGGGGAUUGAACUUGCCCAAAUGGGUCACAUUUUCCUUUCAAACCUAAGUUGUCCUAAAUCCCUUCCCGCUAAGAAUCAUCAGCACAUCCUUAAAGCAGAUGCACUUCUAGAUCCCAUUAGUUUGGGAGGGUUGUGACACAGAUCUAUUUUUUAAAUAAUUGCUUAGAGAGAGGUGAGCCAGGCUCUCAUGAGGGACAGAGCUAAAUUUCUAUCUCCCGUGCUUGUGGGGGAUGUUUGUUCUUCAUGAAUGUUUAAACAAGAUCAUUUCCAUGCAAUUUCUUAAUGCAUAAAUUCGUGUAAAAUAUGGCCUGUGUCGGUAGGUAGCGCAUGUGUGUGGUGUAUAAUUUCUUGUAUACAGAGGUGAAUGAAUGCGAAUUCUUUCCUAAUUUGCCUUGUAAGUCAAAUAAAAGCCUGUCACUAUUA